UCGUACAGAUACGCGGGGAUCGGGAGCGCUUUCACUAAUCACCGACCAUAAUAUAUAUAUAUAACUAUUAAUAAAAAAAUAUAUUUUUUUAAUCAUGGGGUUUGACUUGGAUCGAUUCGCAGAAGCCGUGGACCCUGACUUAAAAUGCAAGCUGUGCACUAAAGUUCUGGAGGAGCCGCUGUCCACCCCGUGCGGACACGUUUUCUGUGCUGCCUGUUUGCUACCCUGGGCGGUACAGCAGAGACUCUGCCCGCUGCAGUGCCAGACCAUCUCUGCCAAGGAACUUCACCAGGUCCUUCCACUGAAAAAUCUCAUCCAGAAGCUGGACAUCAGAUGCGAGUACCAUUCCAGGGGUUGUGCAAAGACAGUCAAUCUGCAGGAAUUGAGAGACCAUGUAGACAUGUGUGACUACAGUCCAGCCCAGUGCAGGAAUAAGGGAUGCAAUGAGGUGCUCAAUUUAAAAGACAUGGAUUCUCACAUGAGGGAGAGUUGCGAUUACAGACCCGUAGGAAUCUGUCAGAAAGGGUGCGGAUUGGUACUGCUCCACAAGGAUGCGAUCCAAGGAAAUCACUGCUGUCUCCGGGCACUGAGAGCCCAGAAUGGGGCGCUACAGGUAAAAACGUCCAGCUUGGAGCAAGACACGAAGAAGCAGGCUAUCAAAUGUAGCAAACGAGAAAAGUCGUUGCUGGCUCAGGUAUCAGCACUUCAAAAUGAAGUGCAACUCACUGCACUGAGGUACCAGAAGAAAUUUAACCAGUAUAUGAUCCACAUCAACAACAUUACUAAAUAUGUUGCAAGCCACUGCAAGGGAGGAGAACAAAAAAUACUGAAUGUAGUUCUUCAUAGAGAAAGUGACAGUCUGGGAUUCAAUAUCAUUGGAGGAAGACCGUGCCAGAAUCAGGACGAUUCUACUGCCGAAGGAAUUUAUGUUUCAAAAAUCUUGAAAAACGGCCCAGCAGACAGAGCAGAUGGACUGCAAGUUCAUGACAGGAUUGUGGAGGUAAGAGGGGUCUGGAAACAGCAUUUGCAUGACAUCUGCAACUAA